AUGUCGUCAAUACUAAAAACCCUACCAUCCAAGAGCCGAUUACUUAAAGUGAAAAAGCUCAGUGCUGAAAUAUUCGAUGAAUUCUGGAACCCUACAGCAAAAAGAAAUCCGGCAAAAAUAUUGAAAAAGCCAUUAAUGGGACCAGAAGUUGUCAAGUACUAUGGAGAUAAUAAUGCAGUUCCAACGUUUAAAGAUUUCAAGAAAUGGUUCCCCGAGUUGAAAUUGGUUGACCCUAGAGAAGCUCAUAGGACAUUUAUGGUAGAAGAUAGAAAGAGGAGGAAUAAAGGUGCUCCAAAGAAAAAGAAGGCUUGA